CUGGAUGACUUCUGUAAACAAGUAAUAAAUUCCAACAAGCUUGUUGUUAGCUUAUGGUAUUUGCAUGCCGGCACGAAAUUAAAAAUGCUGCGUCAGAGAAGAUCUUCUGAUGCUUCGUCAGAUAAUGUUGAAGAUGACAAUGCAUUUAAAGCUCUUUACAUUAUAAUAUUUCAAGAUAAUGCUUCUUCAGAAACAAUUCGAUAUAUAAUAGAUUUACUUUCUCGUUCCCAACGUGAGGGUGGUGGUGAAUUAUUGGUUCGAAUUUCUCAUAUAGAAAAUGAGGGUACAAUUGUCGAAAUAGGAGCUAGUCAUAGUAGAUUGUUCGAGGGUGCUGAAACGUUAGAAAUUACAAAAGAAGAUAAAAAUGGAGUUCGAAGAGAAUUUAUAAUCAGCAAUCUGCAUCUCUUUUUAAAGCCUGGUAUGACAUUUGAUAACUUAUUGACUACUGCUGAAAAACAAAGGAUUAUUUAUGAAAUAAUAAUAGGAAUAAGAUCCAUGGAGAUGAAAGAACUUAUUGGUUAUCCAGACAUCACGCUUCAUCCUGGACAGUCUAUUCUUCAAGUUUGUAAGAAUUCUAAAAUUAUUUCGCACAUGUACCCACUUCAUGAGCCAUCUGAGUUGGACUUACUAAAGCAGCAGUCAUGGAAUUAUUCUUCAUUUCCAUUAUGGGAUGUUAAAAAUUACUUUGGAGAAUCUAUUACGUUUUAUUUUGCAUUUAUUUCUUUUUAUACAUCUUACCUUUGGCCAACUGCUAUUGCUGGUAUACUUCAAACUGCGAUUUCUAUGGAUAUCUCACGCUGUUACAUUUUCUUUGCCUUAUUUAAGAUGAUAUGGGUAACUUUAUUUCUUGAGAUGUGGAAGAGGAAAAGCAAUGAGCUAGCAUAUAUUAUGGGAACACUUAAAUUAAUAAAUAUACCAAAACUUCAUCCUACCUUUCGGGGAUUGCAUAUGGACAUUGAUCCUGUAACUAAACAACGUGUUCCAGUUUAUCCAGCUUACAGAAGACAUCUAAAAGUUUAUUGUGUCUCUCUUCCAAUAAUCGGUGUUUGUCUCGUUCUUGCAGUCGUUGUAAUGCUUUUUUAUUUCCAAGUUGAAGAAUGUAUGUAUCAAGAGUAUGAUAGUGCAACUUUUCACGGUUUGGUAAUGACUCAGUCACCAGGAAUAUGUUACGCCAUUAUAGUUUAUAUAAUGAAUUUUAUGUAUGGGUAUCUGGCUAAUAUUUUGACUGAAUGGGAAAAUCACAAGACCCAAGAAUCUUUUGAUAACCAUAGGAUUAUUAAGCUUUUACUGUUUGAAUUUGUGAAUAACUUCAUUGCUAUGGGAUACAUUGCCUUCUAUCAACAAGAUCUGGAUAUGCUGAAAACCCAAAUAUUGAUAAUGAUGGUUGUGAAUCAACUUUUCAAUCAAUUUCAAGAAGCAGUUUUGCCAUUUUUAAUUCAGAAAUUUCGUCGGAUGUGGCGAGCUAGAUCUUCAUCUGACAUUUCACCAACGAUGAGAUCUAUUUUAGAUCAGCGAGAUAUGUGGUCUUAUGAAGGAACAUAUGAUGAUUAUCUGGAAGUAUUUACACAGUUUGGCUAUGUGUUUUUGUUUUCUUCUGUAUUUCCACUCGCUGCUUUGUUGGCUCUUUUAAACAAUUUAUUAGAAGUAUGGGUAGAUGGAUUCAAAUUAUGUUAUGCUUACCAAAGACCACAAGCAAGACCAGUGAAAGGAAUUGGUGUUUGGCAGGUUCAGUAUCUUUUUCCUAAGUUGGUUGCAUUUGAAGCUCUAAGCCUUAUUGCUGUAAUCAGCAACUGUGCCUUAAUAAGUAUGUCGCCCAUGGUAAGAUCAUAUGCGCCAAACAUGUCUGUUCAGUCAUGGUUGUUAGUUGUUGUUACCAUUGAACAUAUCAUUAUAGCUACAAAGAUGAUUUUAGCAUACUCUAUAUCUGAUGUUCCUAAAUGGGUUUCGGUAAACAUUCAGAAGGCUCAGUUUGAAUCUAUGCAAGUUUUAAAAUCAGAGCGUAAAGAAAGAACUACCAAUGUGCUGCGGUCAUUGAACAUAAAGAAUGUGACAAAAGUUGAUUGAAGUCCCAUUGAUUUCCAUUUAUGUAACCUGUUCCGAUUUCAUCUAGUAUGGUAGAGUCCUUAUGAUUGUUGUGAUUUAAAGUCGGUCCUCAAGAAUAAGAUUUUUAUAAAAACAUAUUUAUGAUCUGAGAUAACUUUUUAAAAAGUUCAUUAUAAAAUUUUUUAACAUAUUUUGCCAUUGUAAUAUGAAUCCUAUUGAUCUCAUUUUAAGAAGCCAUUUUUUACCCAUGCUCACUAAUUUUUAUACUACUGUGAUGGACUGUUUACCUGAUUUAUUUAGUCAUUAGAAAGUAUUAAGUGCUAUUACUUCUGUUUUAUUGUUUUAACAUGUGUUAUCAUUUAUUAUAGUAGUAACUUAGGACAAAACGUUUCUCUUGGAAUGUUUGUUAGUACAAAUAACUGAAGCAAACGGUUGCUAUACUACAAAUAAUCUAGUCUUUGAAACGAAUAAACUGCUUAUUUUUUCCUGAUUAUUUUUAAUUCUAUGUAUAAAAUAUUGCCAUUCUUUUUAUGAGAUUUUCUUUAAAAAUUAAAUUUAUAUGUUGCUUCCAUUUUGAAGUAAAGCACCUUGUAUUUUUUCAGUUCUUUACAGUGCAUUUCAUUGAAAUGUAUUAGGAUUUUAAAAAUAUUUACUCAAACAUAUUCCAUGUGCCUUAACUUUUAUUCAGUUUCAUUGUACUCAAACGCAAAGUAUUUUUAUUUUGUGAAAGUGUUAUUUUUUGCAUUUAAAAAUAUAUUAAUUAUUGAACAAUACUACUGUUUUCCACUUAUCAGCUACUUUUUUUUUCUCCUAAUCCUCUAAUUAGCUAUUUUGUACCAUAUAUAUGACUAGUCAUUUUCAACUCCUUUUAUGAAAAAGAGGAAAAAAGCUAUUUUGCAUUGUAUGUCGUCUGUGAUUAUAUAUCUAUAUUACUAUAUAUCUAUAUAUCAGCUACUUUUUUUUCUCCUAAUCCUCUUAUUAGCUAUUUUGUACCAUAUAUAUGACUAGUCAUUUUCAACUCCUUUUAUGAAAAAAAGGAAAAAAGCUAUUUCACAUUGUAUGCCGUCUGUGAUUAUAUAUCUAUAUUAUAAACUAAACAUUUUGUCAUUUAGCCUCAUUAUAUUUAUA